AGGGACAAGAUCGAGAUUCUGAAAAAUGAAGCCGACUGUUUUCUUCGCAGUGUGUUUGGCGCUGUUGGUGGCUUCAACGGUUUCAGCCACGAGGACGCGAGAUUGCCCCGAGGCCUGCUCCAGGAGAUGCCAGCCCGUGUGCGGGACAGACGGCAGGACGUACAAUAACCCUUGUCUCCUCGAAAGGACGAGAUGCAGCCAUAAAGUGUAUGUCGAAAUCGCCCAUAAUGGUACAUGUAAAGGAACCACACCUUCCUGCCGAUGGAGAUGAAGACAGAAAUAAAAGGAACUGCGGUCUCUAAGAGUUGUCGAUUUAUGUUAAGAAUCGGAAUACAUUGCAGUUCGUGGAUUGUUUUCUUACUUAUUUAUAAACAGAGGCGAAGAUACACAUGACAGGUCGGUUAUUACUAGUGACACGCUGAGUGGUUGUUGAUGAUGAUUAUUUGACAGUUGACAGGUUUUUCAUAGCUGCCAGUCAUCACCAUUCACUCAAGCGCAUCUUCGCCUCGGUAAAAAAUAUCUAUAUAGAAAAUAAAAAGAAUAGAAAUGAAAAAGAUAGAUCAAGAUAAGAGACUGUCUUUAUGUUGUUUGUGAUUUUUUCAAGUUUUAUUAAUUCCAUAGAUGAUUUUACUUUGGUAACUCGCAUACAAAUAUAUUUAAGAGGUCUA